AUGAUGCUAAGUUGCUAACCUCUACAAAAUUGGGACAUUCCUUGUUGGCAAGUUGCUCGUUCUAUGCUUAUAUAGAACACAAAAAAAAAAACACAAAAAAAGAACUGGCGUGUUCAGAAAAAAAGAUAGGGAUUGUGAAAAGUCAAGACCUCACCAUUGCAAUAUGACAUGCACUGAUGACUGAUGCAAUGCACACCUGCAGUCAUGUAUUAUUGUACUCUGCCUUGCAUCACCACCUCCAGCAGGCAAGCAAGUUUACUAAAGCUACAAGUAAUUUUGAUAUACUUUCCUGCACUCCUGUCUUUUUCACCUCACCUUUUCUUUUUUGCUGCAACCAUCAGUUUAACCUUACCUUGUAAGAAAAGAUUAUGCCUUUCUAGCUCAUCCUAGCCACCACAGAAGCGAAGUCUUCAAGGUUUUCCACCCACACCCACUUCUCUAAUCUCACACGCCCCUCCUAAUGUAACCUGAAGCUUUAACACAACAAAGAAAAUUAGUGAUAACAACUCCCGGAAGACUCCAAUCUUCAGCUCUCCUUCCCCCUCCCCAUUCCAAUUCCAAGAACAGGGCAGCGGGGGGGAGUCAACCAGGUACGAUGUGCUCAAUAACGAGGCUCGCGUUUGUGCUUGCACUGGCUAUAGCCUCAUCAACUGAGGUUGCAGAGAGCAGAGAUUUUAAUAUCUUGGCUCAGGGCAGCUUGCCUGAUGCAGCCAAGGGACCAGGUCUAACUGCAGCCAGUGGAAAGCUGUGUCAAUUAUGUGAGCAGUACUCAACUGAGGCACUUUUCUAUCUCACACAAAACGAAACCCAGACUGAAAUUCUUAGCAUUCUACACCAUGAAUGUGCAAGCCUUGCCCCUCUGAAGCAGCAGUGCAUCACGCUGGUCGACUACUACAUACCCCUUUUCUUCUUCGAGGUUUCCAUGGUUACCCCUGAAAAGUUCUGUGAAUCGAUGCAUCUCUGCAAGAAUGGGAUGAAGAUUAGCCUACCCACUCGGGAGGGUACUUGUGGUUUAUGCCAUCAUGUUGUCGUUGAAGUUCUUGUCAUGCUUAAAGAUCCCAACACACAGCUGGAAGUAAUCGACCUACUCAACAAAACAUGCAGCAAGGCGCAGAACUAUGAACAGCAGUGCAAGCAGCUGGUCCUCAAGUAUAUCCCACUGAUUCUGGUGAAGGGCGAGAAAUUCCUUGAGACAACGGAUGUCUGCUCUGCGAUACAUGCUUGCAAAGCAGGCACACAAGCAUCAAUGGAAACCAUGCCUCUUUCUGCCACUUUGUGAAGAUGAUGCGAAUCAGAGUAAGGGUUAUCUGCCUACGAGAUCAAAUUGGGGAGAAACGAUGAAAGUCAGAUGACUGUUUUAAGCCAUCUUCCUCUAUUACUGAAACACUAUUGACUGGUGAAAAUUCAGCUGUGUAAACAUCUUCGGUGUAAAUUUGGAGCCAUAUCCAGUGUUUCUGUGAACUACAGUAUAUAGCAACUGAGCAGCUACACCUAUCUCUUCGGCAUUGGAUUGAGGUUGUAAUCAGUUAUUGCAUUUUACUGUAUCAUCUAUUGUUUGUAACUACUGUUUCCUAGUUUCUCUGGUGCUCUGGCAAUUGGUCUGUAACAUUAAAGUUACAAGAAAACUUUUAGUUUGCUUGGAGAUAAUGAAACGAGACUUAAAAUA